AUGGUCUGUCUCACGUCUCUUGUCUCCCUCGCUCUCCUGGUUGCAACCAGCGUCGUCGCGCACCCCGGCGAGACUCCUCCGACUUCAGUCCAGCUGUCUCGUCGCGCUCAGCUUGAGACAGCAACCGGCCGUUCCCUUGCGGAUUGUCAGAGCCAUUUUGCUCGACGUGGAUACAAGGACAGGUCAGCUGCUCGUCGUACGGCACUUGCUGAGGAGCUCAGACAGAAACGUGGCAUUGCCACUCGCGCUCCUUACAAACGCGCUCUUACCGUCGAAGAAGUAGUGGACACGAGCCACCUAUCGAACGUAACGGGCCUUACCUCCGACUCUGACCCUUUCUCCUCUAACGCCUCUUGUGUGCUCACUCCCGAGCUCGAGCAAGGCCCGUACUACAUUCAGGGCGAAUACGUCCGUUCAGACAUGCGAGAAAGCCAGACCGGAGUGCCCGCCUAUGUGGACAUUGAGUUGAUCGAUGUCUCCACUUGCGAGCCUAUCCCCGGCGUCUAUCUUGACGUUUGGCAUUGUAAUGCGACUGGGGUCUACGCUGGAAUCGUCGCCUCGGGCAAUGGCGACGAUACAGAUGAGAGUAAUUGGAACACGACAUUCUUGCGUGCGAUCCAGCCGAUAAAUGAUGAGGGAUAUGCUCAGUUCGAGACCAUCUUCCCUGGGCACUACUCUAACCGUGCGACUCAUUUCCACAUGAUCGUCCAUGAAAAUGGAACGAUCUUCGAUAACGGCACAUUCUCUUCCGACGGCCAACAACACAUCGGCCAAGUGUUCUUCGACCAAGACCUCAUCACCGCCGUCGAGGCAACCUCUCCUUAUGUUACCAACACCAUUGCCAUCACGGAAAACGAAUAUGAUCGCGUGUUCACUGCGGGUGUCGAGCCUGACAGUGGAACCGGUGUCGACCCGACCUUGGAGUACGUCUAUCUCGGUGAUGGCCUCUCGGACGGUCUCCUUUUUUGGGGAACAGUCGGUGUAGACCUUACAGCCAGCUACGAGUCUUCUCCUGGCGGUUACCUUACUGAAGCUGGAGGCGUCGUAAACCCCAACGCCACUGCUAUUGGUGUUAAUGGAGUUUCGUCUUCCUCUGGG